GGAAGAAAGAAUACAAACAAAUAAUUUUUUGUGAUUAAUACAAUUUAUAAAAUCUGUUUAAAGGCAAAAUAAAGUUGUUGUAAGAAAUUAACAACAAAAAUUUGCCACAUCAAAAGAAAAAAUUACGAAUAUGCGUGCUUUGGUUGAAGAUACAAAAAAACUUACGGUGAAUAAUAAUAACAAUAACAACAAUAAUAAUAACAGCAGCAGCAAUAGUGGUAAUACCGUGGUGACUACUAGAGCAGCAAACUCUAACUCUACUAGAACGGCAACUGCAACUGCUACAGCAGCAACAAAAAAAUUAAAUUCAAAAAUUGCAGCUAAAACAAAUAUACAGCAGCCAGUAGCAAAAGCUAAAGUAGCAACAGUAGGAAAGUCAGCAGCAGCAGGAAAACCAACCACAACAAAAGUGGGAAAACCAACAACAACAACAACAGUGGGGAAAAAAGCCACUGCUGAAAAACCACCAGCAGCAGGAGCAGCAGCAGUGUUAGCAGGUGCAGACGCAGCUAAAACGUCAUUUACAAAUAAAACGUACAAAAUGCAACAGCAGCAGCAACAAACGACAAUAACUAAUACCACCAAUACGAAUACUAAAGCAGGAAAGGCUGCAGCCAAUUGUCCUUCACCUCCAACAACCGGAGUUAAAUUGCGUACCAAGCAGACACAGCCCAAAAAUGACAAGAAAGAAAAUCACAACAACAAUACCACAACUGAUUCAACGUCAACAACAAUUGCCUUGCCCAGAGCAUCGCAUGCCAACACCACUGAGGAAAUAUGCGGCGGUGUACAGGAUACAAUUUAUUUGUGCAAUUUUCGUGUCUCAGUUGAUGGUGAAUGGUUGUGCUUGAAGGAACUACAAGACAUUGAUAGUAAUCCACCAGUCUCGGCAUCCGAUGGACGUUUGGCUGGCAGCGGUGGUGGCGGUGUUGGUGGCGGCCAACGACCCUAUUCGAUGUAUUCGCAAAAGCACAAACGCUAUUCGGCUGGUGAUCGCAGUUCGUAUGGCGGCGGUGGCGGCGGUUUCGAGGAUAAUGGUAUAUUUGCAUUACACAAUUUUAUAGCUGGUCGUCGUUUGUAUGAUGAACAGGGUCACGCUUUUCAUACAAAUAUGCUUACUGCACCCCAUGCACGAGAAAGUGGCUUUAUUGGUGUUUUCGGUGGUGGUGGCGGGGGUGCUAGUCAAAGUUCGAAUGAAUGGUCAAAUCUUUCCCGUGAUCCUGCUGAAAUUGAACGUAGUAAUUUGGUAAAUAUUUGUAAAUUGGUGGUAAAAGAGUUACUCGAGCAAUCGGUGCGCUAUGGACGUAUGCUGGAUUCUGAUCAUUUGCCCUUGCAACAUUUCUUUAUUGUGAUUGAACAUGUUUUGGGUCAUGGUUUGCGUACAAAAAAGGGACUAUUGGGUCCCCGCAAAGAACUCUGGGAUCUCUUGCAAUGCGUUGAGUCCUAUUGCCCCGAGGCUCAGGACAUAACGGCAAGUGUUCGCGAUUUACCCACAGUACGCACUCAUAUAGGUCGUGCCCGUGCCUGGCUGCGUAUUGCUUUAAUGCAGAAGAAAUUGUCGGAUUAUUUACAAGCUCUAAUAGAACAUCGUGAAGAUGCUCUAUACGAAUAUUAUGAGCCACAUGCUUUAAUGAUGAGCGAUGAGAUUGUCAUCAUUAUGGGCAUUUUAGUGGGUCUUAAUGUUAUCGAUUGUAAUUUGUGUGUUAAAGAGGAAGAUCUUGAUUCUCAGCAGGGUGUUAUAGAUUUCUCUUUAUAUUUACGAUCUAGUUCUCGUAAUAAUGACAAUGAUAACGACGAAGAGUGUAACCAAACAACUGAUGCUAAUGGACAGGGCAAUAUGAUUGCUGUUUUGGACCAAAAAAACUAUAUCGAAGAAUUGAACAGACAUUUAAAUGCAACAGUAGGAAAUUUACAAGCCAAAGUUGAAUCGUUAACUACCACAAAUGCUCUUAUGAAAGAAGAUUUAGCUAUUGCCCGUAAUAGUUUAUUAGCUUUACAAGCAGAAAAUCAAGCAAUGCGGCAAAUUCCACAAAUAAAUGCUGGCCCACCUUCAAUCAACUCAAACCAAAGUGACAAUAGUUCAAAUUCCAAGGAGAAUGACAAAGCUUUAAUGGAAUCUCUCAAAGUCGAGCUGGAAAAGGAAAAAAAGAAAUCGUCCGAACUAGACAAAGAAUUAAAGUUACAAAUCUCACUUAAAGCCGAAUCUGAUAUGGCAAUGAAACUACUGGAGAAGGAUAUACAUGAAAAGCAGGAUACUAUUGUAUCCUUGAGACUACAAUUGGAUGAAAUAAAACAAAUCAAUUUGGAAAUGUAUCGCAAAUUACAGGAAUGUGAGGCUUCGCUCAAACACAAAACUGAGUUGUUGAUGAAAUUUGAAUCUCAAAAAGAGGAUAUGGCUAGUACCAUAGCUCAUUUAGAGAAAAAAUGGAGCAGCGAUAAAGUUAAUUUAGGCGAAAUACUAAAAACUACCUCGAACACACUAUCCAAUCAAGUUAGUGCUUCCGAAGAACGUGCAAUAAGAGCCGAAAAUGAAUUGCUCAAAGAACGCGAAUUGCGCAUGCAAUUGCAGGAAAAUGAAUUAAAACUAAAAGAGAAAAUCAUCGGCCUUGAAAACAAAACUAAAGAAUUCAACGACGAAGUACAAAAGAAUCAAAAACUUAAAAUAGAUUUUGAAAAAAUACGCCAUCAAUGGUCAGAGGCUCAAACUACGCUCGAAGAGCUGGGCAUACAGUUGAGUGAAAAUAAACUGAAAGUGGCCGAACUGCAGGAGAAAGAUAGGCGCCAACAAGAGUUACUAAACAAUUCAAUAUCAUCUUCGCAGAACUAUUUAAAUGAAAUACAACCAAUAGCUGGGGCGGCUGGCAUAUGGGCGCCCGACUCCAUAGCCACUCAUUGUACGGCCUGUAAGAAGGAAUUUAAUUUAACACGUCGCAAACAUCACUGCCGCAGUUGUGGCGAAAUAUUUUGCCGAACAUGUUCCGACCACACUCUGCCAUUGCUCAAUGAGAACGGACAAUUGGGUAAACCAGUCAGAGUUUGUUUAUCCUGUUUUGCUUCACACAAAUGAUUGUUGUUAUAUAGAGAUUGUUAUCAGUAAAAUUUUAUUUAAUUUAAUUUAUUUACCCAAGUAUUUUAUAAUUUUUGAUAAAUUUUCGAAUGCUUUUAUUUGUUGUAUAUUACAUACAUACAUAAUUAUAUUUAUAAAAUAAAAUAACAUUAACGAGAACAUAAUACUAACAACUAUUUACAAAUAUUAUACAGAAAUAUUACAAAAAUUUGUUAUAAAGUAUUUUUACAUGCGUAAAUAUUGAUGUAUACUAACUAUACAUGUAUUUUAGUAAUAAAUUUAAAUAUACAUACACAACUACUUUAUUUUUGUGAAAAAGAAACAAAAUUGAAAA